AUGGAGGGAUAUGGGGAGAGAGUGAAAAGGAAGGGAACAACAGAUGGGGCUCGGGCGGGCCGGGCGCGGGAGGACGGGCUGCAGCGAGCCCGAAAAGAACAAGGGGGAGCGCAGAGGGUGGUGGGGCGCGGAGGCCGCGGGCAGGGGGUAGCACCUCGGGGGCAGCUUACCCCCUCCCUGGGCGCCCAGGUCCCUGAGCGGGUUAUCGACGCAACUUCGCUAGGCUGGGGCACCAGAGUGAAGGGCUUCAUUGCCUGUUUUGCGAUAGGAUGCCUGUGCUCGCUCUUGGGUAGUUGUCUGCUGUGGGUACCAAGGAAGGGGCUGGUGCUCUUUGCAGUGUUUUAUACACUGGGGAAUAUUGCAUCUAUUGGGAGCACUCUUUUUCUUAUGGGACCAAUGAAACAAUUGAAAAGGAUGUUUGAGCCUACACGUUUGAUUGCUACUGUUGUUAUGCUAUUGUGUCUGGUACUAACGCUGUGUUCUGCUUUCUGGUGGCGUAAGGAAGGACUCGUGCUCCUUUUCUGCAUCUUACAGUUUUUUGCCUUGGCAUGGUACAGCAUUUCCUUCAUACCAUUUGCAAGGGAUGCUGUGAAGAAAUGUGUUUCGGUCUGUCUGUCCUAA